CCGCCGCCCUGCGCCGAGCCUCGCGGCUCCCCGGACGUGCUGGCGUUUGACGACGACGAGGAGGACCUGGAGGUCUUCAGCAAGGGUGCAUCAUUGGCUGAGGCAAAUCCAUUCAGUCCUUUGAUACCAACAUCCCCCUUAUCUAUGAUAAACCAUUACAAGUUUGAAGAUGAGCCAGGAUUAAGAGACCUCUUCAUUACAGUUGAUGAUCCUGAAAGCCAUGUUACUGCCAUUGAGACUUUCAUUACUUAUAGAGUUGCUACAAAGACAUCUCGUAGUGAAUUUGACUCAAGUGAAUAUGAAGUUCGAAGACGAUACCAAGAUUUCCUUUGGUUGAAGAGUAGACUUGAAGAAGCGCAUCCAACAUUGAUUAUUCCUCCAUUGCCUGAAAAAUUUAUAAUGAAAGGAAUGGUGGAGAGAUUUAGUGAAGAGUUCAUUGAGACUCGAAGAAGAGCACUGCAGAAAUUUUUAAGCAGAAUUGCUGAUCAUCCAACUUUAACUUUUAAUGAAGAUUUCAAAAUUUUUCUUACUGCACAAGCUUGGGAACUCUCAUCUCACAAGAAGCAGGGUCCUGGUUUGUUUAGCAGAAUGGGACAAACUGUAAGAGCUGUAGCCUCCUCAGUAAGAGGAGGAGUUAAAAAUCGUCCUGAAAUAUUUAUGGAAAUGAAUGACUACAUGGAAAUAUUUACUCAGAAAAUAAAUUUGCUGGACAAAAUAUCCCACAGAAUUUACAAGGAAGAAAGGGAUUAUUUUCAUGAAAUGAAAGAAUAUGGCCCAAUCCACACGCUCUGGUCUGCAUCAGAAGAAGAUCUAGUGGACUCCUUAAAAGGUGUUGCCAACUGCAUUGACAAGUGCUGCAAAGCUACUGAGAAACGGAUGACAGGACUUUCAGAAAACUUGUUGCCUGUUAUACACGAAUAUGUUCUCUACAGUGACAUAUUAAUGGGUGUUUUAAAAAGACGAGACCAAAUUCAAACAGAGCUUGAGUCCAAAGUUGAUGCUUUAUCUACUAAAAAGGCAGAAAAGGAUCUGCUUAGAGAAGAGAUUGGAAAACUUGAAGAUAAAGUAGAAUGUGCCAAUAAUGCUUUGAAAGCUGACUGGGAUAGAUGGAAACAAAACAUGCAAUACGAUAUGAAAUCAGCAUUUACUAAUGUGGCUGAGAGUAAUCUCCAGUAUUAUGAACAGUGCCUUGCUUCAUGGGAGUCCUUCUUGACAUCUCAAACAGUGGAUCUUCACCUGGAAGAAGAUUCUGAAGAUAGGCCUUGAAUAUAUCUUUGCUUGACCUUCCCUUUUAGUGCAGUUUCUGCCGACCAAAGAAGUGCUCCUUAUAUGAGAUCAGAUACAUUAUUAAAUAUAACUAUUAAGAUUUAGUGACAUCUGGAAAACCAGCCUUUUGAAAACUCAGGUAUUCUAGAGUCCUGAUCUACCUUUUGGAUCAUGCUAUAUAUUACUAUAUAUUGCUCAGUUAUUAUUUUACACAUUUCUUAUGCAAGUGUUUGCAUAUAAUUGUUUUCUUAAAUAUUCUGUAAUUUGAAUAUGAAAUAUUUUAAAUAUGUAAUAAUAGCUGCAUUUUAAUAAAAAAGUUUAAUA